AUGUCUAUUCCUACUGCACUCGAACCAGGCCCCUCACAAAAAUCCUACGAAGAAGUCCGUGUCGAUGACUAUCUACUUGCUUACCAAACCACCGGAAAGCCUCCUUUACCAUGUCCACAAGAACCAGUUCUUCCUCAUCUGCGCGCCGCUCGAGGGCUUCCACCCCUAUUUCAGCCCACCGUAACAACAAAUUCGUCUACCGAGGCUCCGACAACGAAUGAGCUGCAAAACUCGCUACCAGAAUGGCAGUUAUUCGUAGAGACAAAGUCAGCCUCGGGUCCGGGUUCUUCUUUGAUGGAUAAACUACAGAGUAUAACCGCAGCUGAACAGUAUGCUGGAUUCAAUUUCGAGGAAUUAAGAUGUCAAGCCUACCUUGCUGGUCGUGUGGCUCCACCACCACAUAUCCUAACUGGAAUAACAUCCAUCGCUACCUCAUCCACACUACAAUCUAACGGCAUACAAUGGGGCGGGGACACGAACGAAACCUUCCUCAGUAUCAGCAGUAAACCAGAUUUCGCAUCACACAGUUUCGAAGAAUUACGACUCGCUUCGGUGAAAGGUAACGGCCGGGAUGUCACUUCGCAAGAAAUUAUGGGCAUUAGCAUCCCGGGAGCCGCUCCAGGGGUUCCUCUGAGUAACAUUUCCAUUCCGCCAUUCGCAUCCUCUGCCGCUUCCAGUAUUUUCAACCCAGUCUCAAAACCUACAAGUACUACUUCUACUACAACAACUCCGAGUGCUUCGACUCCCAGCGGCACGUUCUCGUUUUCACCUGCGAUCCGAUUUUGA